GCAGGUGGGCAGGCGGCGCGCCCCGGGCUCGGCCGGCAGGCUCCGGGGCUCGCUGGCCGCGGAGGCCAACGAGGCGCUGCCCUGCGGCCUGACGCCCGUGGAGGUCUUCGACCUCUUCUCGCGCGAGAUCACGCCCGACGACUACGAGAUGCUCCUGAGGCUGGACAAGGACGUCGCGGUGAAGCCCGUCGCGAGCGCCGACAGCAUCAGCGGCUUGCCAGUGGUCAGCUUCUCCGAGGCGGAGGGCGGCAGCUGUGCGGUGUGCCUCGCCGCCUUCGAGGCGGGGGACUCCAUCGCCGCGCUGCCGUGCAAACACUUCUUCCACCGCGAUUGCAUCGCGAGGUGGCUCGCGGAGUGCCGCCGGACCUGCCCGCUGUGCUCCGCGGACUGCGACGCCGGAGGAGGCAGCUCCGACGACAGCGAGCGAGCCGCGUGUUCGCGGCCGUGACGCGCCGCCGCCGUCGCCGCUGCCGGUCUCCAGGCCCGCAGCGCGUGCGGAGAAGGCUCGGACAGCUUCUCGGUGAGCCUUCUUAGAAGGCGCGGCACUCCAGAAUUCAACGUUGCACGGCUUCUGCAAUGCGCAGGC